AUGAUGUGGCAUAUUUUCUUUUCUUUCUACAUGGGGAUUAAAUCCUAUUUUCUGAUUGCUCAUUUGCUUUGCUUCUUUCUUCUCUUUUUUUCCCUGACUGUGAUAUUGGUCAAUCCGCCUACUUUUGAACACUUCGCUUCUUUUGAACCGGCCUCCAUUUUGCUUCUCAGAAAUAUCUCGUUCUUCAAACAAUCUUUCUUUCUUUCUUUCUUUCUUUGUUUUUCUACUUUUUCCUUGCAUCUUUCUUUCCCAUCUAUUUCUUUUUAUAACAAUCUGUUUUGUUUUUUUUUAUUCUCUGCUUUCCAUUUUUCUUUUACUCUUCUUCUACGUCUUUUACUGCUCUUUAUAUUCAUAAUCUUCUCUCUUCCGUAUUUUUCCAUUUUCUCUUUUUUAUUUCUACAUUUUAUUCGAGCUUUCAUUAUAUAUUCUUUCUGUCAUAAUCAUUUCUUUUUAACUCUUCUUAUAUUUUUACGCUUUUUCUAUUUCCCUUUUUCUUUUGUACGUUUUCUAUUUCCCUUUCUUUUUUUUAAUCUUUUUCCUUUUUACUCCUUUUCUAUUUCCUUUUCUUUUUUUGUUCUUUUUCUAUUUCCUUUUUUCUGCUUUUCCAGUUGCCUUUCUUUUUUUUUUACUCUUUUUCCCGUUUCUUUUUUCUCUUUUUCUAUUUCACUUUCUUUUUUACUCUUUUUCUAUAUCCCUUUCUUCUAUUUUCUAUUUCCGUUUCUUUUUUUACUAUUUUCCAUUUUCAUUUUUCUUCUUUUCUAUUUUCGUUUCUUUUUUACUCUUUUUCAAUUUCCAUUUUUUCUUCUUUUCUAUUUCCCUUUCUUUUUUAAUCUUUUUCUUUUUCCUUUUUUCUUUUUUUAUUCCAAUUUCUUUUUUACUUUUUUCAAUUUCCUUUUUUCUUUUUUUAUUCCAAUUUCUUUUUUAAUCUUUUUCUAUUUCAUUUUUUCUCCUUUUCUAUGUCCUUUUUUUUACUUUUUUCUAUUUCCUUUAUUUUCUCAUUUUCUUUUUCCCUUUCUUGUUUACUCUUUUUGCAUUUUCUUUUUUCUCCUUUUAUAUUUUCCUUUCUUUUUUACUCUUUUUCUAUUUCUCUUUCUCUUUCGAGCGUUUUCUAUUUUCCUUUCUUUAUUAUCUAUUUCCUUCUCUUUUUUUUACACUUUUUCUAUUCACUUUUUUUACUCUUUUUCUAUUUCCAUUUCUUUUUUCUCUCUUUUUUUUAUUUCCCUCUCUUUUUUACUCAUUUUGUAUUUUUCUUUUUUAAUUAAUUUAAUUUUCUUUUCUAUUUUUAACCUUUCCUCCAUUUUAUUUAUUUUUUCCUAUAUCUUUUCUACUCGUUUUUUAAUCGUUUUCCUUCCUUUUUCACUUUUUUUUUUAAUAUUUAUCUUUCGUUUUUUGUCCUUCCUACUUUCGUUACUUUUCUUUCUCUUUUUUUUUCUUUUCCAUUUUUUUUUUCUUUUUCUACUUUCUUUUUCUACUCUUUUCUUAGGCCCUCUUUCUUUUUCAGUUGUUUUUUGUCUUUCGUUGGUCUUUUUUAAGCUUUUGUUUCCUUUCUCUACUCAAAUAUCUUUUUUCUUCGUCAUUCUUUUUCUUCGAAACUUUUCCAUUACGCCAUUGUUCUUUCUUCCUGCUAAUUUUAUUUCCUUUUUUCUUCUCAUUCAUUUUCUUAACUAA